AUGCAGUCACCUCCGUCCGCAGCUGCUAGUCGUCCUCACACAGGUUUAUCCGCAAAUGACCGAGCAAAGCUAAAAUCAGCCUCAAGUGUUCCAAAUUUUCAAUUGGCCAACGUAUACCAGAAUCAAGAAGACCCAGCAAUAAUCCCAACAGGCGAAGAUUGGUGCGCUUUGAAUAACCCUAAUUUGCCUCCAGUUUCAGAGAUGGAGCAUAUGGUUGACCAGUGCCUCUGCCAUCUCUGUAACUGUGGGAAGCAUCUUUGCCCUGGUGAGUACAGGAGAAUGCUGAAAAGCACGUCAUCUCAAUUCUCCACCACUUAUAAGCUGAAGUAUCCUAAGUAUCCACCCCAGCCACCAAGCACAGCCAGAGAUCUUUCUUAUAGACACACUAAUUUUCAUAUUGAUGCAACUUCCAUGUACAAAAAGGAUUUCCAGGCAUUUCCUCUUGAGCCAAAAAAAGCGAAGGAAGUUAUUUUGAAGGUGUUUAAAUAUUAUUAUGUAUUUAUAGAAAUAUUGCACUAAUUUAUACAAAAAAAGAUUUUGACCUCAUGAUAAUGGUCUGAAAAUUAAUUUUAUAAGGAUAAAACCCCUGAUAGCUUUAAACUGAAAUUCGCCAGCAGAUCAAGCUACCAGCAAGAUUUUCAAGGAUAUGGAGAAUACAGGGCUCAAAGAGCUGCAGUUUCAUCAUUACCGUUCAGAGGAGACGAAUUAAAGCUUCAAGCAGUCUCAAACUACGCAAAAGAAUUCAGAAAAUAUGAUCAAAGUCUCUACGAAAACAAAGGAAAACCCCCAAACCCUAACUUUUGGAAAGGCUCAGGUGUUCUUUCACCUGUAACUGUGCAGAUGCAUGAAACCACUUCAAGAAAAGACUUCAGACCUUUCACCAAGGACCAUAUGCCUAAAAGAGAUCACGGAAUAGUCGAUGAUUUUCAAGCCAGGGUUUCUUGGAAUGGGCAAUUCACAACUAAUUAUAGAGAAAAUUACACUGGCCAGAUGAAUGAGAGAUAUCAGAGGAAAAAAUCAGCAAGAAAUAUGGCUAAUUAA